AUGUGCACCGGCAAAUUGAUCCGCUUCUUCUGCCCGGAGGCUCGCAAGGAAAACAAACUCUGUCCAAAUUACAAUACCACAAGUGGCGUAAUCAAGGAUCACCGCAAGGUGUGGAUGCACUCCGAAUUCAAGUGCUGCGGCCGCCAUGCCGGCCCAUGUGUCGAAUGUGAGGACCUGUACGAGCCCAAAAAUGUCAAGGUUGUCAACGCCUGGGCUGUCUUGUGCGAUGGCUGCGGCGCCCGUCUAAGAAGCGAUAUUAAGGCUAUCAUGGACGCCGUGGAUGCCACCUCCGACAGCGAGAACCUGUCGGAUCAACGGUCCGUGAUUGGGUUACGUGAGACGACGGCAAGUUCGAGUGGUACUGACUGCAACGGUCUAAGGGGUGCAAAGAGGAGAUGGCAGCGAGUCGCGCUGGGGUGA